AGGAGCUGCGGAGGUUCUUAGAUGUUGGUGUAGCAGGUUUAGAUUUCUUGAGCUAGUAGCUGGCUGUGGCGACAAAAAUUUUUACAAGCGUCGACAGUUGAAUCCAAUGUUUCCCUACGUGCCCGUGGCGUGAUAAAAACAAAGUAUAAGUACCAUUUUUCUAGGACGAAAAUAAGAAUGGUUUCACUGCUCCUCGUUGCCUUGUCUUUUGCGUCUCCUCUGGCUUGCUAGUUUGGCUCUUCGCUCUGAGACUCGACAAAACCGAUAUCUUAUUCUUUAUCUUUAUUGCGGUUCCAAAGCGACCCUGCGAAGAAGAUGGACGAACGAUACCAGAAUCGACGAAAAAAUUACAAGAAAGGUGUCUAGUACUUGUCCAUUUUCAAUGCAGGUAGCAACGAUGUCUAUGUCAAAAACUGAGUGUCGUGACUACCAUGAAUAUCUCUCAAACACAUAAAAAAAUAGAGUUUUCCUUUUUACUUGCAGCCAGUAGUUGCACCAAAAACCAAACAGGCAUUUCUUCAGAGGACUUCCGGAGGCAGCGAGAAGAUGAUGCCGUCCAAGUGCGAAAGGCGGCAAAGGAGGCCACCCUCAAUGCCAAAAGGCUGCAAUUGCAGCAAGGUGGGUCACAACCAUCCUCAGGCGUUGCAACAAGCAGCAAUGGGCACCAGCCACUGUCUGGAGGUGGAACGGGAAUCGCGGACACCAAUCAUGUCCCACUACAGCCAGAUACCCUCCAUCAGAGUCAGAUGCAGAUGCAAGGUCUUCAAGAGAUGCAGAUCGGAACUACGACAGCAUCUUCUUCUAGCACAGGAGGAAAUACUAAUAUGGCUGGAGCCUUGGCAGCGGCACAGUAUGAGCUAGAAUUGCCGCAGUUGAUACAGACAAUAGCCCACGGGACGGUCGUAGACAAGUUACCUGCGGUGAAAAAGAUACGACAGUUACUGUCUAUGGAGCAGAGUCCGCCGAUUCAAAAGGUACUGCCUUUGACGUGAUCUUGAUAUUAUGAAGUGUCUUCUUGUUUUGGCUGGUAUACUAGAUAGGAGAAGCUACAAUGAUGUGACCGCAAAUACGACAAGACUAUCUAUGAAGAUGGUGCUUAUUGUUGUAUGAGAGAUUGUCACUAUGACGACGAGUCGUAUCAGACAUCAUCACAGUCUAGGUAAUCAACCUGGAAACCUACUGCUACCCUAAAAAUCAAUCAACAAAGGUAAUCGAUUGUGGUUUAGUGCCGCAGUUAGUCCAGUUUCUGCACGAGCCGAGCCGGAACGCCGUCGACCCCAGUGUUACAGAUAGCGACACUUUAGAAGCCUUGGCGAAAAUAAGGUUUGAAGCAGCGUGGUCCCUGACGAACAUUGCGAGUGGAACGGAAACACAAACCCAGACGGUGAUAGAUCAUGGCGGAAUCCCGGCUUUUGUUUUAUGAAAUUGCUUGAUGGACGAGUUGUUAAAGUUAACGGAACCAGGCAGCUUUGAAUGAGUUGCUACGUGGUUCGAAUGAAUGAAUGUUAAAUGAUCAUCUGGCGAUGAAGUUCUUAUAUGAGAAUGAGUCUCGAAGAUUCUUGAUUGCUUACAAAAAAGAUGGGACACGAGCAACAAGAGCCAUCAAAGAAAUGCUACUUGAAUUGCGACGAUUAGUGUACUCAAGCGAUCCCAAAACUACAAGUCUAUUUUUCGUCUUGUUUCUCGUCUCCUUUCAUGUUCCCGGCUGCUGUCGUCGAAAGACUCGGACGUGCGCGAGCAGGCCAUGUGGGGUUUGGGCAAUAUCAGUGGCGACAGUCCCUCAACAAGAGACCUUGUGCUUAGGGGUUUCCACAUUACAUCCCUCACCAACAUCCUUGGCCUUUUUUCAAGUAGAAAAUAUAAUAGGGGAAGGAUGUUGUUCUGAAGAAUGUGGGAGUGUGGGAGAAACGACCUUUAAUGUCCUCAAUGCGGGCGCUCUAGCACCCAUUAUGGAACAGGUGAAGCACUCUCAGAGUGCCGAACUGCUUCGGAAUGCGACGUGGACGCUGUCAAAUUUGUGUCGGGGGAAGCCAGCACCAGCCUUCGAGGCAGUGCAACCCUGUCUAGCAGUGCUGCAAACGCUGAUAUAUCACCAAGACCUAGAGGUGGUGAUCGACGCGUGUUGGGCGUUGAGCUACUUUUCCGAUGGUACUACUUACCCGAUGAUUGCAGCUGUUGAAUUUUUUGAAAAUUGUUGUAAAGGAGUUGCAUAUAGUACAGGGGUAUACACAUUGAGAAGUUAUACGUCGACGUACAGCUCCUACUUUGAUUAAGUAUAGUUCAACUCAUCUCUAGUUCUAUUGACGACUACCAGGUGACCGUGCAGCAGAGCGAAUUGACGCUAUAAUCAACGCCGGUGUUUGUAGACGGGCUUGCGAGCUGCUAUCUCAUGCCGAUUAUCUCGUUGUCAUUCCUGCGUUGCGUCUAGUGGGAAACAUCUGCGUGGGGAACGAUUAUCAGACUGAUGUAUUUUUUUUCAUUUUGUCUUUCUUUCAAUGAUAUAAUUUCUGACUUUAUGAUCCUUCCUAUCUGAAACUGCAUGUACAAUGUAUCAACGUCUUCAAUAUCAACGUCUUCAUCAUCGGAAGUUCUGAUUUUGAAUUGGAGUUUCUUUCUCUCUCAAUGAUUGAGAUGUUCACUUGCAACCAACAUCCUCUCUCUUCAGCACUUGCAUCUUCAUCAUCCCUAUUGAAACAACGUCAACUACGUACUGAUAAAACACAGCUCAUCCUCGAAUGUGACGCGUUGCCAAAGUUGCUUGGGUUACUCUCGCACGCGAGAAAGCAUAUUAGGAAAGAGACUUGCUGGACGAUAUCGAACAUUACAGCAGGAAACUCAAACCAAAUCCAAAAAGCAGUAGAUAGCGGAGUUCUGCCAGCGUUGGUGACGCUAUAUAAGGAAAGACCAGAUUUUGAUGUGAAGAAGGAGGUAUUAAGUUUUUGACUACAAAAUCUGAUUUGAUACAAGCACAACAGCAUCCUUUUGUAGGAUUGGAUGCAGCUUUGGUUUAGUUUGUAGUACUUCUAUGCUCGGUCGUGACGACUUUGUGAUUACUUUAUGAUUGAAAAUAUUUAUCCUUUCCUCCUCCACAUCAAUAAGUUUCCUUUCAUUAUCAUCUUUCUACUUCUUAUCCAACAUUAUAAUCUGUUUCUAUAGAUCGUGUGGGUCUUCCGUAACGCCUUAGCCUCUGGCCUUCCGUCACAGCUGAAGUAUAUGCUAGAACGUGGCUGCCUGGAGAUGCUAGUGGACAUGUUGGACAUAUCUCAAGGUGGCUCUUUGACGGCAUCAGGCGCCGCCAUCCAGCAAGCGGACAAGCGCAUCCUCAUGGCCGCUAUCGAAGGAAUUCAUUACGUCCUGGAACGAGGCGUGGCGCUCACAAACAACGACCCCAGUCCUUUCUGCGUGCGCUUGCAGGAAACCGAGGGAGUGGAGAGGCUGAGGAUAUUGAGGGACGAGUUUGCACCGGAAAGCGUGUCAGUGGCAGCAAAUCACAUUUUACAAAUGUACUUCCCAGAAGUGGACGAUGCCUGUGUCGCAGACGAACAACCAGAGUCACAGAACAAUUUCGCACAUCAAGGGCCUCAUGAGACUACUGUGCAUCAAAAGGGCAUAACAUCAAGCGGAGGUCGUGUAGUUCCUAAUACUGCAGGAGCUUUCGGCUCUAUGCACCAGCAGGAGGCUUUUGGUUCGUCUAUAAAGACUGGCGCAUUCUCCUUUGGAACAAGCAAUUAGAAACUUUCAGACCUCCUACUUGGAGUACAUCAGCACAUGAUUUAACUCAAAUCAAGACUCCAGCAACCCAUCAUUUCGUCUUUCCUCAAAAAUGUUCAGAAAGAACGUCUCAGAUGAUUGUCCUGUCCUCCAGCUCCACGAGUCGAUCCACAGAUUGGUCCACAGAGCAGUUAUAUUAACAUAACGAAGAGACACUUCUAGUUCUGCAUCGGAUUGAGGUGGAUGAUAACAGUGUUAAAGCUUGAGCACUAGAGGAGGUGCAAUGAUGAUGACAUCCAUCGUCGUUGCCGGGAUCUGUCGCAGAGAGUAGCUGAUCAGUUAGAGUGGGUGAAUCUGUAUGACUACAGGGUCCAUUUUUUCUUUUGAGUGUGUAAAAUCGAGUAUUGAGUAGAAGGAGAGUUUUUGGAUUUAUCUUUGAUCGAGUAGAAGGAGAGCUUGAAGUCCAUCUGGGUACUCUACUAGAGUCUGUAGUUUUUCUAGUUCGUUCUAGUUGUUGCUUUGAAGAAUAUCCUCUGGUAAAGGUAAUAUAGAGUGACGAGAUCAUGAACCCGUGAACCACAACACCCAGUCGUUUUUCAACAGGGAACUCCUUGUGAUUGAGCGACGAAUGCCUGCUUGUUAUGGCGAAUACCUGUUUAGUAAAUGAAAAUAUAUCAAUUGCUUGCAUCUACUCGUAGACUUAUCCCUUCAAGCAAUAUAUUACUGUGCAUCUGAAAAUAGAAGAAACUAGCAGGUUGGCACAAUGAUCAAAAUCGGAUGUAUUUUCUCAGUGACAUAGAAACUUUAGGAUUGAAUAAGAAUAGCGUGCGAUGAAGCGACAUGCAAUUUGGCACUUUCUGCUCCUUCAGCGUUUUUGCGCGUCGUGACUCGUGAAUGGACAACAUGGCAUCUCCGAGAAAAAUGCAUGUCGUUGUCCGGAAUGCGCUUACCGGUGAUGUUCUGUCUCCUGUCGCAAGCGAUGAUGACAACCACGAUGAGACAGCUGGCGCACGCCGUUCCGGAAGUGUAGCUGGUCCAGGAAAGUUGGGUAGUGAAGAUGUUGAAGGACAUGACUUUGUGCCGUUUUUUUGUAGCUUCGAGCCCCGCACCAUGUGCGUCCGCGAUCUCAAGCGCCUAGUCGCGAGAAAGCUGACAUCGCGACUGCGGGAAGAAGCCCAACCAGGUGUACCAGCAGACACGAUUCAUCAUGAGAACGUAAUUCUUGUCGACGAACAUCACCCUGAGGAGGAGGAAAAUUCAAAGUCGGCAAAAAACACUGAAUGCGAGGAGGAUGUGCAUGUUCUAGGUGAAGAUACUGCAAUGACAAUGCAAGCGGAGGGAAACGGCGAGAGUGAUAAUUUUGUCUCGGAUCCGUUUGCCGAAGAAGUGAAAAUAUUCAUAGACGAGCGCUAUGCUUAUCAAUUAAGCUCUGAAGAUGUGGCAGAGGAGAAUAAGCAACAGCAGAACGGUGGCCGAGGAAUGAAAGAGAAUCGCGAACACGUAGAUACAACUAUUUCAUUCGCCUACGUUGUUCGAACCUACAAGCCCUUCGAGUCAAAGGCAGCUUUGCAAGUCGCUAUAGCCUGUCACGCAUUCGCAUCUUUGUCGGAUCUAAGAGGUAUCAAUAAAUACGCUGAUCUUGAUUUUGAGGAGCUCGACGAGCUUCGCCUGAGACUUCAACCGCAUGCAGCGCGCGCGUGGAGGAGUGUCAUCUUGGGCAACUACGGCCCAGUGCGACUUUGGAACCUUUCUCAAACAGAGGACCUCACUUGCUUAUUCCAGGAUCUCCAUACUGGAAUGUUUAGUCAGCAUCUGCCCUACCAAGAAUUAUGGGAUAAGGCAAGUGCCGAGCAAAGGGAAGCGCAUAAAGCGUGGCUUGUUUAUGCGCCGCGAGACUAUGGCGACUUCAUGGCCAGGGGCCUUAGCGCUAUUUUGGACACGUUCAAGGAGACAUUUGCGAGAGAGGACAUGACUGCAUGGAACGUUUCCGGAGUGAAAUUAGGGCUCAACUUCUUAACCCAUUUUUACAAGUCCUGCUCAACUUCUUAAUUCCUUUUUACAAGUCGGUCCUUCUCAUGGUUUCUUUGGUUUUUUACGAUUUGGAAAAAAAGGAAACAAGAAGUGAUAAGUACACUUGGCGCGCUAAGGAAAAACUUGGAUGGGAUGUUCCAUGACUUCGCCAACUUCGAUGCUGAUCUUGUUAAGGCUCCCGCCAAUUCUCAUCUCUGGCUGCAUCCCUGUAAAGAAUUCUAGCCGAUGAAUAUUCGUACAGAGAUGAGGCAAUCAGUAUACAUAGAUAGAGAUGGGGCAAUCUUUGGCAGCCCUAAUUCGUGUGGCUGGGACGUAUCGAAAGCCACCUCAAUGGCGAGCAUGUUCCAGGACUGUGAUCAAUUCAGAGUUAAGGGUUUUCGCAUUUCAUCCUACACUAUCAUACUUGACUUGUUUCCCGAUAGGAAAGAAGUGAAGGAUAUUUUGGAGAAUACAAUAGCGCAACCACUAACAGAGGUCGCGGGCUGGAAAGGUGGGACGUGUCAAGUGUGACCGAUAUGGAUUUCAUGUUUUCUGGCAAUUCCGCUCUUGAUGCGUUCUUGGGUCGCUGGGACGUGUCCUCGGUGCGAAGCAUGAGGGGCGUGUUCAGAUAUGCCACUGCGAUGACGGGGGGAGGCAUAAGUGCGUGGAAUGUCGCAAACGUCACAGAUAUGAGGGACAUCUUCUGCGGAGCUUCUUCGUUCAACGAACCAAAUUUAGGGAAAUGGAACGUCGCUGCUGUGGAGAGAGUUCAGGAUGCGUUCUAUGAUGUACCAUUCGCGCAGCCGCUUAAUGACUGGGAUCUAUCGAAAGCAUUUUUCGGAGAUUGGCUAGAUGACGGAAAGAAAGCUACGCCGACCCGCUCUCAUUCAGCAUUUAUCGACGUUUAUUUGGGGCUCGACACUUCCAGACUUCCUCGCUCUCUCUGGCCGCGCGAUCCCACGAAGAAAUCCACAGAAGGUCACAUUGCAGUGCCUCCCGUGUCCCGAGCCUCUGCGUCUAAAUCUCCUCCAUGGACUGUUGAGUCGACGGAAAUGUUAUCAGGACUUGCCGCCCGCGAAGCGCCUCCCUCGUGGCUGGAGACAGCGGCACCGCCUUGCUGCUGCGGUCGCAAGGCCGCUUGAUUGAUGUCCUUAUAUAUAUUUAAGAUGGAGGGGCUGCAGCUUGGGCGUGAUUUUGCUAUGAUAAGUUUGCUCUAACAUGCACACUUAUUUAGAUGUAGGUGUGCUUUUGUGCUCGUUUGUAGUUUUCUUCCCACUUUUUUCAUGCUCCUAAAAACGUUACUCAGGCAGAGGCCUCGACACCCACCAAAACACGAAAAGCGCAUCUCAAAUCGACUCACUGACUUCUAUCACAGCAGAGUUUGCUGCUGACCGUGGCACCUCUAAUAGACUGUCAAAAGCAGAAAACAGAACAAAAAGUCAGAAGCAUAGCCAUAGGGGUCCCGCAAUUUGAUCAUCUGUUAUUAUAUAUAAUUCUCCUCUUGAGCAGGAAAGAGGCAGUUCCAAUCUGUAGUUCCGAUCUGUAGAGAUCGAGUUUCAACUUCUAAAAACUGGGUGUUCGCUCGAGAGGCGGCAUUCAGCUUCCAUGAGUGAAAAUCUUUACGAUUGGUGAGGAGCGCUCGCUGCUAAGUCUGUCACAGAGACUACCUUCACCCAGACCAUGCCAAGCCAAUCUGUAAUCAAUGGAGAAAAAAAGUUGAUCUAUCGGAGAAGAGAUACUGAGCUAUCGGAGAAGAGAUAGUGAAUAUGUACUAUCAAAGCUUAGGGGAGCAAUCGGUGAGGGAAAAUGAUGAAGGAGGCCGCCUGAGGGUAUAAAGCGACGGCGAUGUCAAAAGCCAUUUCUGACUCUGUUGAGUGAUUCUCGUUCAAGCAAGAGAGUCAAGGCCUUUGCCAUACUUUUCUUGUCAUCGUACUGUUGUUGCGAAUUCCCGAUAAAGAGUGGAGCCUGAUAAAAAGUGGAGACUUUGACUUUCAGCGAAUUGUUUCCUUCGAGAUGGAUGCUCCCAGCCACAUGAUCUAUCAAGUCCAUUGGUAUAAAUAUACAGAGAGCCUGGCAAGUAGACAAAGAGCCAAGGGGGCUAUGAUAUUAUAAUAUUUAUUUCAGUGUUUCUUUAUCCAUUGAAAUUGCUUGAUAUUGUAAUAUUUAUUUCAGUGUUUCUUUAUCCAUUGAAAUUGAUUGAACAAGAAAAGCGUGUCAUGAAGCUAGAUAUUCUUCUCCGUCGUUGGUCCUGCUGUUUAUUCCUUGUGUAGAUUGAUAACGACACGACACCCAACAAGUAGAGGAGCGUGAGAAGUACAAUUAGCGUGUGAUUUUUUCGUCUGAUUUUUUCUCUGGUCGUUCAGCUUCAGUGUUCUUUCUCUUAUUUUUGCCUCAUGAGUGUGUCCCCUCGCGAAGCCGUUGCACCUUAGGUUGUGCCUUAGUUGUUCUACAGAGGCUAUUGCAAUAUAGUUCUCUCCGAUAGUCGUAGUUUUUGGCCGUUGUGAUACGGUUUUCUUGCUCCCCCGGUAUGUAAGUUUUUAAAUGGGGUUAUUUAAGUACUUGAAUGGGAGGCAGCAUGUAGUCCUAUGGAAAAAAAAAAAACCUAUGGAAAAAAAAACACCGAGCAAUCUGGCAUGAGUGAUGCCCUUGAGCUUGAACUUGAACAGUAGAUAGAGUUGCUACAACUGCAGAGACACAUGAGGGCAUGGCAUCUCCGAAAAGAAUUCACGUCGUUGUCCGGAGUGCGCUCACCGCUGAUGCUUUGUCUCCCGUCGCGAGUGAUGACGACGAGCACGACGGGGCAGCGGGUGCUCGCAGAUCGUCUGGAGGUGUGUCUGGUCCAGGACAGUACGAUUUGGGUGGUGAAGAUGCUGAACCGUUUUUCUGUAGCACCAAGCCUCGCACCAUGUCCGUCCGCGAUCUCAAGCGCCUAGUGGCGAGAAAGCUGACGUCGCGACUGCGGGAAGAAGCCCAACCAGGUGUACCAGCAGACACGAUUCAUCAUGAGAACGUAAUUCUUGUCGGCGAACAUCACCCUGAGGAGGAGGAAAAUUCAAAGUCGGCAAAAGAUACUGAGAGCGAGGAGGGUGUGCAAGGUGAAGAUACUGCAAUGACAAUGGAGGCGGAGAGAAAGAGCGAGAGCGAUAAUUUUGUCUCGGAUCCGUUCGCGGAAGAUGUGAAAAUAUUCAUAGAGGAUCGCUUUGCAGCUGAACAAUUAUACUCUGAAGAUGUGGCAGAGGAGAAUAAGCACGAGCAGAACGGUGGCCGAGGAAUGAGAGAGAAUCGCAAACACCUAGAAACAACUAUUUCAAUCGCCUACGCUGUUCGAACCUACAAGCCCUUCGAGUCAACGGCAGCUUUGCAAGUCGCUAUAGCCUGUCACGCAUUCGCAUCUUUGACUUUGUCGGAUCUAAGAGGUAUCAGUAUUGAAUACGGUGAUCUUGAUUUUGAGGAGCUCGACGAGCUUCGCCUGAGACUUCAACCGCAUGCGGCGCGCGCGUGGAGGAGUGUCAUAUUGGCCAAGUACGGCCCAGUGCGAGUUUGGAAUCUUUCUCAAGUGGAGGAUCUGCGCGAAGUCUGCCCCGAAAUCCAAUGGAGUUUUGGCUACCGAAGGUUAUGGAGGUUCAUUGCAAGUGCCGAGCAAAAGAAAGCCCAUAAAGCGUGGCUUGUUGACUACCCGGGAGACUAUGACGACCGCAACUUCUUGGCCAGGGGCCUUAACUGUAUUUUGGAGAUGAGCAAGGUGGUAUUUGCGAGAGCGGACGUAAGUGCAUGGAACGUUUCCGGAGUGAAAUUAAGGCGCAACUUCUUAACUUAAAUUUUGAAACGUCAGUCCUUCUCACUCGUGUUUCCCUUUUUUAGCAUUUUGAGAAAAUGGAAGCAAGAGGUGAUAAGUACACUCGGCGCGCUAAGGAAAAACUUUGUUGGGAUGUUCAGUGGCUUCGCCAACUUCGAUGCUGAUCUUGUUAAGGCUCCCGCCAAUUCUCAUCUCUGGCUGCAUCCCUGUAAAGAAUUCUAGCCGAUGAAUAUUCGUGCAGAGAUGAGGCAAUUAGUAUACAGAGAGAUGAGGCAAUCUUUGGCAGCCCUAAUUCGUGCGGCUGGGACGUAUCGAAAGCCACCUCAAUGGCGAGCAUGUUCCAGGGAUGUGCUCGAUUCAGAGUUACGGGUUUUUACAUUGCAUCCUGCACUAUCAUGCUUGACUUGUUUCCCGAUAGGAAAGAAGUGAAGGAUGUUUUGAAGAAGGCAAUAGUGCUACCACUAACAGAGGUCGCGGGCUGGAAAGCUGGGACGUGUCAAGUGUGACCGAUAUGAGUUACAUGUUUUCUGGCAAUUGCGCUCAUAAUGCGUUCUUGGGUCGCUGGGACGUGUCCUCGGUGCGACGCAUGAGGGGCGUGUUCAAUGGUGCCUUUGCGAUGAGGGGGGGAGGCAUAAGUGCGUGGAAUGUCGCAAACGUCACAGAUAUGAGCUACAUCUUCUCCAGAGCUUCUUCGUUCAACGAACCAAAUUUAGGGAAAUGGAACGUCGCUGCUGUGGAGAGAGUUGAAGGUGCGUUCUGGGGUGCGACAAAAUUCGCGCAGCCGCUUAAUGAUUGGGAUCUAUCAAAAGUAUUCAACAAUUGGCGAGAUGCAAGAAGUAGAAGAGGCGAUCGUGGUCCUCCCGCUCCUCUCUUGUCCCUUACGUUUGAUUCAUUCAUGUCUCACAUUUGGUGUGGCAUCCACACCUACUCUCACGACACUGGCGUUUGCAAGCUUUCUCGCGCUCUCUGGCCGCGCGAUCCCACGAAGGAAACCACAGAAGGCCACAUUGCAGUGUCUCCCAUGUCCCGAGCCUCUGCUUCUAAAUCCUCUCCGCAUAAUGAGAUUGCUGAGUCGACGGAAAGGCUUUCAGGACAUUCCCGCGAACCGCCCCCCUCGUGGCUGGAGACAGCGGCACCGCCUUGCUGCUGCGGUCGCAAGGCCGUUUGAUUGAUGUCUUCAUAUAAAAUAGAGAGGCUGCAGCUUGGGCGUGAUUUUGCUAUGAUGCAUCACCAAGACCUAGAGGUGCUGAUCGACGCGUGUUGGGCGUUGAGCUACUUUUCCGAUGGUACUACUGACCCGAUGACUGCAUCUGUUGAUGAUGUUGAAUUUAAAGGAGUUGCAUAUAGCACAGGGGAUAGACAUUGAGAAGUUAUACGUCGACGUGCAGCUCCUACUUUGAUUAAGUAUAAUAGUUCAACUCUCUAACUCUAUUGAUACAUGCCAGGUGACCGUGCAGGAGAGCGAAUUGACGCUAUGAUCAGCGCCGGUGUUUGUAGACGGGCUUGCGAGCUGCUAUCUCAUGCCGAUUAUCUCGUUUUCAUUCCUGUGUUGCGUCCAGUGGGGAACAUGUGCGUGGGGAACGAUUAUCAGACUGAUGUAUUUCUGACUUUGUGAUCCUUCCUAUCUGAAACAGCAUGUACAAUGUGUCAACGUCUUCAAUAUCAACGUCUUCAUCAUCGGAAGUUCUGAUUUUGAAUUGGAGUUUCUUUCUCUCUCAAUGAUUGAGAUGUUCACUUGCAACCAACAUCCUCUCUCUUCAGCACUUGCAUCGUCAUCAUCCCUAUUGGAACAACGUCAACUACGUACUGAUAAAACACAGCUCAUCCUCGAAUGUGACGCGUUGCCAAAGUUGCUUGGGUUACUCUCGCACGCGAGAAAGCAUAUUAGGAAAGAGACUUGCUGGACGAUAUCGAACAUUACAGCAGGAAAUUCAAACCAAAUCCAAAAAGCAGUAGAUAGCGGAGUUCUGCCAGCGUUGGUGACGCUAUAUAUAUAAGAAAAGACCAGAUUUUGAUGUGAAGGAGGAGGUACUAAGUUUUUGACUACAAAAUCUGAUGGGAUACAAGCACAACAGCAUCCGUUUAUGGGAUGCAGCUUUGGUUUAGUUUGUAGUGCUUCUAUGCCCGGUCGUGACGACUUUGUGAAUUGUUUGUGAUUCAAAAUAUAUACUCAUCCUUUUCCUGUCCUCCUCCACAUCAAUUAGUUUCCUUUCAUUAUCUAUCAUCUGUCUACUUCGUAUCCAACAUAAUCUGUUUCUAUAGAUCGUGUGGGUCUUCCGUAACGCCUUAGCCUCUGGCCUUUCGUCACAGCUGAAGUAUAUGCUAGAACGUGGCUGCCUGGAGAUGCUAGUGGACAUGUUGGACAUAUCUCAAGGUGGCUCUUUGACGGCAUCAGGCGCCGCCAUCCAGCAAGCGGACAAGCGCAUCCUCAUGGCCGCUAUCGAAGGAAUUCACAUUACGUCCUGGAACGAGGCGUGGCGCUCACAAACAACGACCCCAGUCCUUUCUGCGUGCGCUUGCAGGAAACCGAGGGAGUGGAGAGGAUGAGGAUACUGAGGGACGAGUUUACAUCGGAAAGCGUGUCAGUGGCAGCAAAUUAUCACAUUUUCCAAAUGUACUUCCCAGAAGUGGACGAUGCCUGUGUCGCAGACGAACAACCAGAGUCACAGAACAAUUUCGCACAUCAAGGGCCUCAUGAGACUACUGUGCAUCAAAAGGGCAUAACAUCAAGCGGAGGUCGUGUAGUUCCUAAUACUGCAGGAGCUUUCGGCUCUAUGCACCAGCAGGAGGCUUUUGGUUCGUCUGUAAAGACUGGCGCAUUCUCCUUUGGAACAAGCAAUUAGAAAGUUUCAGACGUCCUACUUGGAGUACAUCAGUACAUGACUUAACUCAAAUCAAGACUCCAGCAACCCAACAUUUCGUCUUUCCUCAAAAAUGUUCAGAAAGAACGUCUCAUAUGAUUGUCCUGUCCUCCAGCCUCACCUCCACAUAGCAAGAAUCGAUCCACAGAUAGGUUCACAGAGCAGUUAAGUAUAUUAAUAUAACGAAGAGACACCUCUAGUUCUGCAUCGGAUUGAGGAUGAUAACAUUGUCAAAGCAUGAG